AUGCCUUUGAUCNUUACGAACAUGUCUCCCGAAGAUCAAAAUUUUUAUGCUGCCUGCUCCCACCAGGAUAUGGCAGAUAUGGAGUUUUUAGAUGACGAGCCCGAGCUGGCUCAAGCCGGGGGAGUGGCUGAAAAUCUCCAAAUAGUAGCAAGGCCCAAGCCUGUUUUUUCUCUGCCCACGAACUUUAACCCGAGCUCAACAUACCAGGGGGCCGGACUCAGAGCUCCCCACGAUGAUCCUGAAGUGACGAUACUUCUCGCUCCUUCUAUUGCAGAGGGAGAAGUAGUUGAGUUGGCUGAGUCCUCGGAGGAGGAUCGAUACGGGGGUGAGAAGGCCUCUGGUAAAGGAAAAGAGGUCGCUGAAGUUUCCUACAACAGGGAAAAGGAGACUAUAGCGGGGGCGAAUUCUGAGGCCCCUAUCCCUAAGAAGUUUUCUUUUGGGGACGGGUCCCACUCUGCAAGAACAAAGAGAAGCCGAGGAGAGAGCGAAGAAGAGUAA